AAUAAUACGCAACAAGUUUAAUGGAAUAGCAGUAAGAGGCAGAUUUUGUUUGAUAUUCCCGCUUCGCAAGUUAGGUUACUUUUAAUGCGCACGGACAGUAUUUAUUUUUGUUCACUUUUAUUACUGCAUUUGUAUUACACACAAUAGUUCGGUGUUAUAGUAAAAUUUUGCAACAAAAUAUAAAAAGAAAUGACUAUAGACCUUCCUGGUUUUGCGUAUGCUGCAGCAAUAGCUGCUGGCGGUGUUUUGGGUUAUUACAGAAAAAAAUCAAUUCCAUCAUUGGGGGCUGGUUUAAUAUGCGGGACAGUAUUGGCAUAUGGGGCUUGGCAAGCUAGCCAGGAGCCUCCUAGUUAUUUACUCCAAAUAUGCGCCACUUCGUCUUUAACAGCUCUAAUGGGCUACCGAUUUUACAAUACUAGAAAGAUCAUGCCUGCUGGUGGAGUCUGUUUACUCUCCGUUGCAAUGAUUUUUCAUAUUGCAUUGAGAGCAAGUGGAUUAACUGCUAAAAAGAUUAACACAUAAUUCAUUUAAUAAGUUUAAAGUGUUUUAUAUCCUAGGGUUAUUUGUGGAAAUUGUCAAAAAAGAAGCAUUUUAAAUUUUUUGUAAGUUUGUUUUGCAUAAAGCAAAUAAAUAAUAUAGAACAAGUCAA